AUGGAGACGGGGGAGCCCCGGGAGCCCCGGGAGCCCCGAGAGCCCGGGCCGGGAGCAGAGACUGCCGCGGCCAGGAGCUGGGAGGAAGCCAAGACUAUCUACGACAACCUCGCGCCCAAGAAGAAACCCAAAUCGCCCAAACCUCAGAAUGCAGUCACCAUUGCUGUGUCUUCCCGAGCCUUGUUCCGCAUGGAUGAGGAGCAGCGGAUCUACACAGAGCAGGGUGUGGAGGAGUACGUGCGCUACCAGCUGGAACAUGAGAAUGAGCCCUUCAGCCCUGGGCCCGCCUUCCCCUUCGUGAAGGCUCUGGAGGCUGUGAACAGAAGGCUGCGGGAGCUGUAUCCUGAUAGUGAGGACCUUUUCGACAUUGUCCUCGUGACCAACAACCACGCUCAAGUGGGAGUGCGUCUCAUCAACAGUAUUAACCACUAUGACCUGUUCAUUGAAAGGUUCUGCAUGACAGGCGGGAACAGCCCCAUCUGCUAUCUCAAGGCCUAUCACACCAACCUCUACUUGUCAGCUGAUGCAGAAAAAGUGCGGGAAGCCAUUGAUGAAGGGAUUGCAGCUGCCACAAUCUUCAGCCCCAGCAGAGACAUAGCGGUGUCCCAGAGCCAGCUGCGUGUGGCCUUUGAUGGGGACGCCGUACUCUUCUCGGAUGAGUCGGAGCGCAUCGUCAAGGCCCAUGGGCUGGACAGAUUCUUCGAGCAUGAGAAGGCCCAUGAGAACAAACCUUUGGCCCAGGGCCCCCUAAAGGGCUUUCUGGAGGCGCUGGGUAGGCUGCAGAAGAAGUUCUACUCCAAGGGCCUACGGCUGGAGUGCCCGAUCCGCACCUAUUUGGUGACAGCACGCAGUGCAGCCAGCUCAGGUGCCCGAGCUCUCAAGACCCUGCGCAGCUGGGGUCUGGAGACAGAUGAGGCCCUGUUCCUGGCUGGAGCACCCAAGGGCCCCCUCCUUGAGAAGAUCCGCCCACACAUCUUCUUUGAUGACCAGAUGUUCCACGUGGCUGGAGCUCAGGAAAUGGGCACAGUGGCUGCCCACGUGCCUUAUGGUGUGGCACAGACACCCCGGCGGACUGCGGCAGCAAAGCAGGCCCCAUCUGCCCAGUAG